AUGGCCCCGGCUCGCUUAAAGGCGGCGGCGGCGGCCGCGCCGCGGGCAGCUAGCAGCCUCCGUCGUGGCCGCCGCCGGCCCGGAGCCGGCGCGAAGAUGCCCCGGGGCUUCCUGGUGAAGCGCAGCCGGCGGCCCACCCCCGUGUCCUACCGGGCGCGCUGCUGCCGCGAAGCCGCCGCCGGACCGCCGCUCCCCGCCGGCGCCGCGCAGCCGCCCGCCUGCCCCGCCGCUCCGCCGCCCCUGCCGCGGGACUCGCCGCCGCCGGUGCCGUUCGGGACGCCCGAUGCCGCCGUGCAGGCGCUGUACAGCCCCACGCGGCCCGUCAGCAGGGACAAGUACCUGGAGCGCGGCUUCAGCCUGGGCUCGCCCGUCUCUGCCGAGUCCUUCCCCGCGCCGGCCGUGCCCGGCACCAUGGACCCGAUCCUCUUCGCCCCGGCUGACCUCAAGCUCUGGGCCGCUGCCGGCCACGCCGAGCCGCCCGCCGCCCACCCCGGCCCCGGCGGAGUCCCCGCGCCGCCCGCCCCGGCCGCGCCGCCCGCCUCGGGCCGCCCGCUGCCCGCCAAGCGCCCGCAGGGUGCCUCCGAACCCGGGCGGCAGAAGGCCCCGUCGGGCAAGAAGACGAAGGCGAUCCGCAAGCUGACCUUCGAGGACGAAGUGACCACCUCGCCCGUGCUGGGGCUGCGCAUCAAGGAGGGCCCGGUGGAGGUGCCGGCCAAGGCGCGGGGUGGCUGCGCCCGCCCGCUGGGCGAGUUCAUCUGCCAGCUCUGCAAGGAGGAGUACGGGGACCCCUUCGCGCUGGCGCAGCACCGCUGCUCCCGCAUCGUCCGGGUGGAGUACCGCUGCCCCGAGUGCGACAAGGUCUUCUCCUGCCCCGCCAACCUCGCCUCCCACCGCCGCUGGCACAAACCGCGUCCGCCCGCCACCAAGAGCGGCCCCGAGGCGGGCCGGGCACCGGCCGCGGGCCCGGGCACGGCCCCGGCGGAGGAGACGCCGAAGGAGGCGAGCGGUGGCAGCGGCAGCGAACGGGACACGCCGAGCCCCGGCGGAGCCUCGGAGGCGGGCUCCGAGGAGGGGCUCUUCGAGUGUCCCCGCUGCGCCAAGCGGUUCCGGCGGCAAGCCUACCUGCGCAAGCACCUGGUGGGGCACGCUGCACCGGCACCCACGGCAACCCCGGUACCCGCACCGGCCCCGGAGCCCAGCGCCGAGGAGCUGCCGGCCGCCGAGUGCCGCCUGUGCCCCGUGUGCGGGGAGACCUUCCCCAGCAAGAGCAGCCAGGAGCGGCACCUGCGCCUCCUGCACGCCGCCCAGGUCUUCCCCUGCAAGUACUGCCCGGCCACCUUCUACAGCUCUCCCGGCCUCACCCGGCACAUCAACAAGUGCCACCCCUCGGAGAACCGGCAGGUCAUCCUGCUCCAGGUGCCGCUGCGCCCUGCCUGCUGAGCCGCCCGUGCCUUCCCCGCCGCCCCGUGCUGCUCCCCCGGGGCCGCCACACGAUUAGCUUUAAUACGGCUUGUGACCUGCUGGAAUCUGGCUUUACACUUACCUUCCCGGGGUCUCUCUCUUCUUUUUUCUUUUUUCUUUAUUUUAUUUUUUUUUUAAUUUUGUUCCUUUGCUCUGUUUUUUAUCGAUGUGAACAGAUCAAACUGCUUGAGAGAAACAAGCGUUUCCUUUAGUGUAGCCACAAAUGCCUUGACUCUGCUGUUGAUGGUCUCCAGAAAAUGCUGUAGAAACUGCCUUAACUGUGACAUGCCAACUUUCUGUUUCUGUUCGUUUGCCCUUUCUAAGGUAGCUCAUGAGUUGUCUAUCUGUAUAUGUUGGUUUGAUUAAUUAUGUUAUUUAUUCGUUAUUUAUUUAUAUUAAUUAUGAAGAUUGAUAUUAUUUGAUUGCAGAUAUUCUAAUGCGCUUUUUUGUCUCCCCACCUGCCAUUUCACUGUGCGUUUUAGAAGAUCUUUUUUUCUUAAGGGAUCUGCUAAAAAGGUUUUAACUUUUAUACCUAGAAUAACACAUGAUCUUAACCAUUUUAUCCCGUGCAACCAACAGCUCUUACUUUUAGAUGCAAUCUCUUUUUCUACACACAUUAUUUUCUUAACUGUUAGCUAUUUAUAGAGUGCUUCGAUAGAACUGUUUCAACUGUAUAAUUAUUUACUAUUCGAAUAAAAUAUUUUCAAAUUCAA